AUUGUGUGUUGAAUACUUCUGGUUGACUGUGCGUCCUGAUACCACGGGAUGAAUAUUCAUACACGUAGUCUCGCAGGCGGGGGCCUGAAAGUUCAAACUCAGGGUUAAAACGGUCUUACUUUUGUUAUGUGACUUGCUACGGAAGUGUAACUUCACAGGACACAUGCUAGGUGCUGCAAGUCCUUGAGGAACCAUCUAACACCUUCCACCUUCAGUGCAGCUGGGAUCUCACCUGGCAGUUGAGCUGGAAUGGACACUGGAACAAUGACAACUUGAAAACAGAUCUACUAGCCUGAGCACAGGUGUGGAAAGAUGUUUCGAGUUCGAUGUGCAAACCGCUGCUUCGGAAGGCUCCUUCAUGGAGCUGCAGUGAACAAAGACCAGAUCCUGGAGAGACUGCAGGCCUGCUCAGUCGAAGAUGAACUGUUUGAUGUGGUGGGCAAGAACAAAGCCAAGCUGACAGUCUACCACGUGAGCCGUGCUGUGGGCCUGCUGUGGAACCUUCAGAAAGAGAGACCUGAACUGCUCAGGACUAUUGGUCAGAUCAAGAAUCACCCACAAUUCCUGACAUUGCGCGUUCUCGCAGAGAACAAAAUUAGUCAAAUGAACGAUUUCAUGCUGGUUGACAUUCUUUAUGCUUUCCUCAGGCUGAAAGUGGAGCCUCACGAUUCCCUUGUGCAGCAGCUGGUUUCAGAAGCUUGGUUAAGAAUUGACAGACUUCCAAUGUCAUCUCUAUCCAAGUUUUCGGUUUGUUUGAGUGAUCAGCUUCUUCAAUACAGUCCUCUGAUGGGUCACAUCACCAGCAUUUUGGAUCAAAGGUUGUCAUCUAUUGAAGAUGCCAGGAUUCUAACUGCGAUGAUGAUAAACGUCUCUUCCCUUGUGUCUCCGCGGCUGAGGGAUGCUCUGAUUCUCAGAGCGGAUCACCUCCUCAACACAAUAGAUCCCUCAAAUUACAAUACCCCACGAAGAGUGGUGCAGUUUUUGCGCAACAUCAAGUUCGUUCACCGACCUCUGCUGGAGAAGUGCAAUCAAAUCUUUUUGCGCAACAUUCCAAGAAUGGAUGCAGAGAAUAUCAGCAUCAUCUUGGGGCUGUAUCAGUCCCUUCAGUUCAACAACUGUAACUUCAAGCUGGCGGCUAAAGAAAAGUUGACGGAUCUUAUGGAUUCCUGCACUGACCCUUUCUCCUUCUCCAAGAUGUUUGUUGCUUUGGCUCCUAUUGCCGGGUCAGAGGUCAGAGAAAGGCUGGAGAACACCGCCCUUUUGUUGGUGGAUGAGUUCAAUGCUCAACAGGCGUUGGCUGUAGCUGAAGUGCUGGAUGAGUGUCAGAGCAGAAAUCUCAGCUUGAUGAACAAAAUUGCAGCAGUCAUCCAGAAGAACCUCCAUGUCUACAAGUCGGUGGAGGUGGCCAGAAUCACCCAAGCCCUCUCUCCUCUGCAGUACCAGAACCCAGAGUUCUGCACUACAAUACGAUCCAUUUUGAUGAAAUUUUUGCUGCAAAGUUUCUACCCUUACGAAGUGACCAUGCUGACCCGAGUCCUGACCACGCUGCCAUGCCCACGACAAGAUGACAUUGUGGUCUCACGGGUGAACGAGGUGGUGACGCAGUGCAAUCUCAGCGAGCUCAACACCAUUUCAUUGGUCGUUGCCAAAUGGGUGAAGAACGAUCCCUCCUACUUCCACAACGCCCACAGCAAACACGUGCGCUUGCUGCAAACGCUGAGCAGCUGCGGCCAUGAGAGGCUGCAGACGUUCGACCAGCUGGACAUGGUGCUGGAGGAGCUCAAGCACGUGUCGGGGGAGUGGUUUGAGGAGAUGCUGCUGGAGGAGUCCAUGCGAACCCUGCAGAGGAUGAUUGAUCAGGUCAACUGGACCAACGUACCUGAUCUCGCCUUUUACCUAACAAGAACAAACAAUCUCUGCCCUCCUCUGAUGGAAAAAAUGGCCAGUGUGGCCAUUGAGAACAUUGAAAAGAUUCACUACUCUGCAACAUAUGCCACUCUGCUCCCCUUCUCUGUCCUGAACUAUGAUCCCGUUCAGGCAGAAGAGCUCUACGACGCCUGCAUCAGACGCUUCACUCCUCAUAUUAGCUCCUUUGACCCACAUCUGCUCGUCCUUUUGGCGUACAUACUGGCAGUCGCUGAUCGUUUCCCCGAGGAACUGAUCAAAGAAAUUUUCAGCAUAGAUUUUCUGGGAAAGCUGGACGCCCAGCUUGAAACUCUGCCUGAUGCUCUCAACAUGCGGACAAGGCAGCGGCUCAUGCAGCUCAAUCGUGCCGUCUGUCUGGAGUGCCCAGAGUUUCAGGUGCCAUGGUUUCAUGAGCGCUUCUGCCAACAGCUGCAGAGAAAAGGGAACAGUCUCGCCAGCCCCAUGCAGCAGCAAAUCCACAAAAUGCUGGGGGACGUUCUUGGGGGCCUUAACUUUGUCCAAGUAGCAGUUAUCACUCCAUAUUAUUAUACUGUAGACUUUGAAUGCAAACUAGACCAACACUUACAGCCGUUGCCUUACACCGAUUCCAGCACAUUAAAGAUCUCAGACGGAAAAAAGGAUAAUUGGAAUCCCGUUUCCCUGGAAAGCAUCCGGGAUGAGCUGCCACCCGGAGCUCAGCGCGUUGCUGUGGACUUUCUUGAUUCCAAAUCAUUCUGCAAGAAUUCUCAUCAUAUGAAAGGUGGAACUUUGAUGAGACAGAGACACCUUGAAAUUCUGGGCUAUCGUGUCAUUCAGAUUCCUCAUUUUGAGUGGAACUCUAUGGAACUUUCAACCGUUGAUGCCUGGAAGGAGUACCUGAAGAGAAAAAUACUUGGAUAAAUUUGUUUUUGAAACAUCAAUGUUACAUUGUGAACUAUUAGCCAGAGAGGACAAAGUUUAUUUACCUAAAGUGCUUUUUGAUUUGAAGUGGGAAGGAAAAUUAUGCCAUCGGCAUGAAUGUACCUCAUGUGUGGUAAAGUUUGAUCCUUUUAUAUAUGUUUUUGUAUUAAAAUUUAAAAAAAGAAAUAGAAGGAAAUA